UCACAUAAAUCCGGCUUAUUAAUUAUAAAAUAUAUUAUAUAAAAAUUGUGACGGUGCAGUUUAUAUGAUUCUACAAAUGAAACUGGUAGGAAAUAUUUAUUUUGAAUUAAAAAAAAUUAUAAACUCAUGAAAGACAGAAUUUGUUUUGGACUCUGAGAAGGAAUUAUAAACAUGCAAGUAAGCUGUCAGUUUCCUUAUAGAACAGAAGUUAAUUUUGUUCUAAUCUAACGGUGCUUAUUUGUUCAAUAUAUGAUCCAACGGAUGAUAAGCUUUUGGACAAUAGGACCAUGCGACCAAAUUAUCUCCCUUACGCUUAUUAUAUAUACUAGCUUAUAGCCCGUGCAAGGCACGGGAGCUUUUUAAUUAUUUAUAAAUUUCUUAAAUAUAUUUUAAAUGGUGUGAAGAAAUUUAAUUUAUAAAUAAUAAAUUAAAAUUUUCAAUAAAAUAAAAUUCGAAAUUAUAAUUUGUUUAUAAGUUAGAACUGUGGUAAAUACAUCAUCAAGGCCAUUAAUGGUUUCAAAUAAACUAUUGUAAUGAAGCCAUUUUUUUUCUCGUAUGUAUCCUGCCAAAGUAUUAAAUUUUUUUUAUCAAAUUUUAAUAUAUUUUGAGUGGAAUACGUUAUUGCCAACUCUUAUUAGAUUAUAUUUAUAAAUGUAUUUUAUAUUAGAAUUAUUAUAGUGUGAUUUAAAUAGCCCGUAAGGGUUGGUUUAGCUGGUUAAAGAGAGGACAUGUAUCCUCUUGGUCACAGGUUCGACUCCCAAAGGGUGGAUUAACGCUAUUGCGUGAUCCGAAGGGUAGUGGUUGCGGGUUCCUAGGUUACAAAAAAAUAAAAAAAUAUAUAAUGUGAUUUAAAUAUUUUCCAAAAAAUUUAUAUGGUUCUAAAUUAAAAUUGAUAAACAUAAUUUGUUGUGAUUUAAAUAUUUUUCAAAAAAUUUAUAUGGUUCUAAAUUAAAGUUGAUAAACAUAAUUUGUUUUUGAAUUAAGAAAAGGAAUCAUAAACAUGCAAUAAGAAGGCAGAAUCUAUUUUGGAUUAAGAAAAAGUUUUUGUAUUUGCUAAUCACAUAAAUCCGGCUUAUUAAUUUUAAAAUAUAUUAUAAAAAAAUUGUGACGGUGAGAUUCAUAUGAUUCUACGAAUAAAACUGGUAGAAAAUAUUUAUUUGGGAUUAAAAAAAUCAUAUACACGUGAAAGACAGAAUUUGUUUUGGAUUCAGAAAAGGAAUUAUAAAUAUGCAAGGUGAUAUCAGUUGCCUUGUAGAACAGAAGUUAAUUUUCCAAUCUAACGGUGCUUAUUUGUUCAAUAUAAGAUCCAACGGAUGAUAAUAUUUUGGACCAGAGGACCAUGCGACCAAAUUAUCUCCCUUACGCUUAUUAUAUAUAAGUAUAUAAUUUGAAACCAAAAAGUGAUUUUUGAUGCUAAAAUAGAACUUAUGAUCCAAUGAUAAAUGUAAAAUAUAACCAAAAAUAUCCAAAUAAAGCUAUAUUCUCAUUACAUAAUCUUAAAGUACAUAACUAUAUUUGUCACUAUUACUUUAUUAAUGUAUUUUGUCACUUGCAUGUUUAUGUGGCAAUUAUAGCACCAUCUAUACUUGGUUCUAUAUUUAGAACCAAGUAUAGCAUUUUGCUAUUUUACAUUCAAGUUUAGCAUCCCAUUGGAGUUAGAGUUUUGUGCUUGGGUGCUAUAUUAUAGCAAUAGCAUCUACUUUCACACCUCCAUUGGACUUGCUCUAAUAGACAAAGACAAGUUUAGAUUUCUUCUAACAACAUCAGGGUUUCUUUGAAACUACUAUUUUUUUUAUUUUUUUUUUGAAAAUGAAAAUAAAUCUCAACGAGAAUCGGCAAUUCAAGAAAGUUUAUUAUCCAACCGUCGGACAUGCAAGAUAACCGGGUAAAUUUAGACAAUAAAACUUUAAUGUCCGAAAAGAAAAACCGGUCUUCUUCCAAGAAUCCUGAAAAUUAAAACAACAGAAACAAGAAUAAUAUAAGUCGAUAUAUUUAACAGAUUAUUUCAAAAUAUUCCCACAAUCAUGAUAACUCAUGGUUGAGACAAUCAAGCUCUUAAUCAAGGCAUAAUAAUAAAAUAUUAAUGUCCUUAAUUAAGACACAAUCAAGGCCAUCAAAUAAGGCACAAUUAACGCCUUCAAUAAAGAGGCACAAUUUACGCCCAAGAGGCAUAAUUUACGCCCUCAAUUAGGAGGCACAAUUUACGCCCUCAAUUAAGGCACAAUUAGCGCUUUUCUUUCUGAAACUGGAUUCCGUCCCAAAACCGCUGUCACCGCCACCAUCAGCCAGCACCGCUAUGCUAUCGGUCAAGUUGCCUCGUCGUAUGCGAAGCGAACAACGAAGCGUCUCAUUUGUAACACGAAAAAUCGCCAAAAACACCAAAAACCAAACAAAACACAAGGAUUAAAAAACAAACAAAUACCCACAAACAAACAAGAUUAAAGCCAAACACCUUUUCACAAUUCCACUCAAAUAAAUCAGAAAAUGAAAGUAACAAAUCAAAAAACGAAGAGAUACCUUGAAAGAGAUGGGAGCAAGUCUUGGAUGGAGAGGAGAGUGAGAUGAAGCCUCUAGUGAAGCUCUUUUAGAAGUUGUUAUGACCGUUUUUGAGUCUUAGUUAAGGGGAGAGGGCGCGACCUUCACGGAGCAGUCCCGUGGGGCGCGGCCUUUUGUCUGAGAAGCAUGUGUAAUUUGUCUGAAGAAUAUAGAAGGGUGAUGAGGGAGGGCGCGCCCUCCAUGGGGUGAUCUCGUGGGGCGCGGCCCUAUGUUUCAGGAACAGGUGUACCAUGUUAGAAGUGUGAAGAGAGGCAAGUGAUGAAGAUGAAGGGCGCGCCCUCCAUGGUCGCGCCUACAGGUGAAUGUGUGUGUGUAAGGAUGAGUGAGUCUCGAUGACGACCCUUCCGAGGGAUACGAAGGCUUACCCUUCCGAGGGAUAUGAAGAUUAGUGCCAGAGCUCAUCUGGUAGUUAUCAGGCUCAUCUGGUAGUUCCCGGGUUACGUCCGGGCGUGAUCUAUAAUCCCCAGUCCUGCUAUCUGCCGGGUUGUCCUCGUGCGGGGGCCUGGGGUGAUCAUGGUUGUAGAAGGCCCUCAGGGGUAACAUGAAGGCCGAUCAUAUGUCCGGGUCCUGUAUUCUGGUGAGUUAGCCCUCAUUGGGGGACUGGGACGAUCGUGUAACUUGGCUCCUCAAUUGUCUUACCUCUUAGUGAGAACCUUCGCCAAGGGGUAAGGACGCGUCGCUACGCCUCAAGGAAGUGGUCACGGCUCUAUCCAAUGUCUCCUCCAUGCUACGAAAGAGUAGCGGUUAGUGUCAUCUCUCGUAGUGGAGAUGAUGCCGUAUCCGUGAUGUACUUGGACUAGGAUUCUAAGGUAGUCGUCUCAUGGCUUACUUCUAACUGGAGUAGAACUCUAAGUGAUAAGUCUCCGACCCACGGUUGGUCUUAUCCCCAAGAGGCCUAGUCCUGAUCAAACUAGGACUCCUGGUUCUAUAGAACUACGUACGGCUUGAUCCCCUAUAUAAAGGGGUACGUAGGCACAUCAAGGGGAUAUAUCGAGAGUUGUGAGAACGAGAGCAGAAAUAUAUUCCCUUGAUCUCAGCCACCCUCAAACAUCUAAAACCACCGCCCACAGCGGAUUUCCGUCAUAUAAUCACCGUGAAACACCUAAGUCCGUCAACGAACCUCACGUUUGUUGAUUCACCAAAUUCCUCUAUCAACAAAUUGGCGCUAGAAGGAGGGGAACCAGGUGAAAUCUCAAAGAGGAAGAGAUGGCAAACCACGACGAUGAUUUGUAUGAAGGAGAGUACUACGUUGAAGACGAACCAGUAGAACCGUACUCACCGGUGCACAUUGAAGACCCCCGCACCUUGCCUAACAACCCUCCUCCGGUUGUGGUCAGUAAUACGGAGCUUCUUAGCACCCUUCACCGAAUGGAACAAAAUCAAGCAAGGUACAACACAAGGUUGAAUGCCCUGGAGUCCGUCCUGGAAGAACUCGCACCCCGACGUCCUCACCAGUCUAGGAGCCAUGAUAGAAGAGGACGCAGACGUUUCAGACGCCCUACACCUCGAAUGUUGGAGUAUGGAGAUGCAACUCCCGGCGCUAAUCAUCCCCAAGGAACAACCGUCAACCACGGGGCUCAUGAUACCCAGGGCGCGCCCUUGACCGUCUCCAUACCACCAACUCAGCCAGGAAGGUCGGGGCAAGGAAGAGGAAAUCAGAACACCAACGCCCGACCCUUGGCAGAAAGACUUGGGAUCACACCAGACAGCUUAGCCCUGAUUGUGCAUUUGGCGGGAGAGGAACAGCGAGAACGCCAGGGGACCCAAGGCGUGCCCUCAGAGCAAAGGCGCGACACCGGCGUCGGCAGAACCUACCGGGGAGUAAGAGGUAGAGGCAGAGACCACACAUCAAUCGGAGGGAGAGGUCGCGGACCACCCAUAAUUGAAUACCUCCCUUCGCAGAGCGAGUCUAGCCAGCACACGCCAAACCAGUUAGGUCGAAGGAGGUCGCGCCCCCUCAAUGGCAACACGGGCGCAACCCAUCAAACCAAUCCUCAACAAACUACACCUAAUGGUCAGACAGGCGUGACCAAUCAAACCACUCCUCACGAUCAUACGGGCACCAACCCUCAAGCCAAUGCUCAGCAAACUAUUCCCAUCAUCACUGAUACUCAGCAAACCACUCCCAUCAUGACCAACCAACAGGCCACUGCAACCCAACAACAAACACCCACUGGUACGCAGACGACCCUUGCUACGACCAUCGCUCAAACCCCAGGCGGCAACACUAAUACUGUGGCCACACCUAUCACUACCCUAGCUAAUAAUACCGGCACAACGGUUACACCCAUUACUACCCAAACGGCUACACAAACCAUCCCUGGACUUGGAGCCAUCAACGGAGAAGACCUUAAGAAACUACUUGCCCUCCUACAAGCUGGACAUUCCACCGCCGUACCAAACAUCCCUUCACCAUUCACCGCUGCAGUUCGUGACGCCCAACUCCCAACAGGGUUCAGACAUGUGAAUGCAGACCUUCGAUACCAUGGCAAUUCGGACCCCCGGGAAUUCUUAAUCAGGUUCAACAUCGAAAUGGACUUGUAUCAAAUCCCAGACCUCGUCAGGUGUAGGUUCCUCGCGGCAAGUCUGAGGGAAAGCGCUCAGCAAUGGUUUCAGAAAUUAGGGGAAGGAGUGAUCUCUUCUUGGGUAGACAUGCAGCGAAUGUUCAUGAUGCAGUUCCAAGCCGCGACCAAGUACUCCCCACCGGUCACCACCUUAGCCAACGUCAAGCAACGCGAUAACGAAUCUCUAACCGCAUACUUCAAAAGGUUCAACCAGGAGUCUAUGGGUGUUACGGGAGCGUCAGAUGAGACCUUGAAAAAUUUCCUUAUCGCCGGUUUAAAGGUCGGUACUGAUUUCUGGAAGCACCUACAGGGGAAAGACCCGUCUAACCUGUCUGAGCUAUACGCAGCAGCCGAGUCCUUCAAGAAGGUAGAGCAGUCACUCGCCGAAAAUCAGAAAGAAAUCGCUAAAUCGCGAGGUAAGAGAAAGGAACACACACCUAGCCCGGAACCAAAAGGGCGUGGACGUUCCCCAGCAAGGGUACACAUGGCUAGUGAUAGAAGGAAUUGGAGUCCCCCAAGACAACCAGGCACGUACACCCCUCUCGUGGCGUCAGCCGAGCACAUCUAUGCGGUAAGCAAAGAUAAGGCCCCUUUUCGGAAGCCGCAGCCUAUUCCCUAUAAUGUUGCAAAAGACAAGAAGAAGUACUGUGACUUCCACGAAUCAGCCGGACACAACACCGCGGACUGUAGACACCUUAAAGAGGAGAUCGAGGAGUUACUCAGGGCAGGUUACUUAACGGAAUGGGUGAAGAAAUAUAGAAUGGAUCACCCACCGGAAAGGCGCACCCGCGGGAGGUCACCCGAAAAUAAAGAUGAUGAGAAGCAGAGCGAUACCCAAUUUGUGAGGGAAGGUAGCAUUAGGAGCAUAUUCGGAGGCCCGUACAUAGGUGGAGGUAGUCGAAAGGCAAUGGAGAGGUACGCCAAGGAGGCAAGGGACUACCCCCUUACCAAUGUAAACCACUUGUCAGCUAGGGCCCCGAGAGUCUUCAAAGGAGAGACCAUGGACAUCACGUUCACAGAGGACGAUGCUAGAUGGGUACACCAUCCCCACAACGAUGCCCUGGUGGUCGCCAUGCGCAUCGCCACUAUGAACGUUCACCGGGUAUUCGUGGAUAAUGGAAGUUCGGUUAACAUCCUCUACUACGACACUUACAAGAAGAUGGGACUACCAGAUAAGGACAUGACAGUAGAGAAUCUCUACAUCUAUGGCUUUGGAGGAGAGGCCAUCAAGGCUAAAGGAACCAUCCGCCUACCCGUAACAUUGGGAGAAGCCCCACGGGCGGCCACACAGAUAUCUGAAUUCGUGAUCAUCGACCACCCAUCAGCUCAUAAUGCACUAAUGGGGCGCCCUCUCUUGAAAGACAUGAGGAUAGUCACCUCCAUCUAUCAUCUCACCUUGAAGUUUCCCACUCCCGGAGGGGUUGGGUGCGUGAAGGGGUCUCAGUACGAGUCUCGCGAUUGCUAUGGCCGAUCACUCAAAAAUUUCCAAGAAAAGAGAGGAGUGAGACCUCACGAAGAACUCCACUCAGUCCACGCCAUAUACUUCAUACAAUACCCGGAAAGUGAUACGGAGGGCGCGCCCUCACCCUUACCAUCCGAAGAACGCAUCCACUUCGAAGAUAAACUACCCCUCAUACAUGAGUCAAAGGUGGGAGAAUGUGGAGAGCAAGUCGCAGAGGUAGAGGUCACACCCCCCGCCAAAAUCCGGAAGAUAGACAAGGCAGAGGUAGUGAUGGAACUGGAUGACCCCGUACCAAUUAAAGGAACACCCAAGGAUGCACCCCCAGAGCACAAGACAAACCCCCAACAAUUUGAUUUUGAUCUAGACCCUAGGUUACCUAUGCCCGUGCAAAACACGGGACCAGCUGAGGACACAGUCGAGAUACAGGUUACACCGGGGAGUAACGACAAGGUCCUCAAGAUAGGGUCGAAACUAAGUUCUGAGGUAAGGACCAAGCUGACAGAAUUCCUAAAGGCCAACCUUGAUGUGUUCGCUUGGAGUCAUGAAGACAUGAUCGGGAUUGAUCCGGCUGUUAUGUGUCACCAUCUCAACAUCGACCCCACCAAAAAAGGUAUUAGACAGAAGCGUAGACCCAUAAGCGGGGAAAGAGCCGAGGCCCUCCAGGAAGAGGUAGACCGUCUCAUGAAAGCAGGACUAGUAAAAGAGUCGUUCUAUCCAACGUGGUUAGCAAACCCUGUACUAGUGAAGAAACCCAACGGGAAAUGGCGUACCUGCAUAGACUUCACAGACCUUAACAAGGCAUGUCCUAAAGAUAGCUUUCCACUGCCUAGGAUUGAUCAGCUGGUAGACUCAACGGCCGGUCAUGCUCUCCUUAGUUUCAUGGAUGCAUACUCGGGUUAUAACCAGAUCCCCAUGUACGAGCCUGACCAGGAACACACCUCAUUCAUUACGGACAGAGGUUUAUAUUGUUAUAUUGGCAUGCCAUUUGGACUCAUCAACGCGGGCGCGACCUACCAAAGGCUUGUAAACAUGAUGUUCAAGGACCAAAUCGGAAAGACCAUGGAGGUGUACGUCGACGACAUGUUGGUCAAAUCCAAGAAAGCCAAUGAUCAUGUGUCCCAUUUGUCUGACAUGUUCGAAAUCCUAAGGAAGUACAGGAUGAAGCUCAACCCUCAAAAGUGUGUCUUCGGAGUAGAAUCAGGGAAGUUUCUUGGUUUCAUGGUGAAUCACAGAGGUAUCGAGGCCAAUCCCGCGAAAAUCAAAGCUUUGUUAGAGAUGAAGUCUCCAACCAAUAUUAAACAGGUCCAAAGCCUAACCGGAAGGAUCGCCGCUCUGAACAGGUUUGUAUCAAAGUCUUCCGAAAAAUGCAAAGAGUUCUUCAAGGCCGUGAAGGGCGCAUCCAAGGAUUUUGAAUGGACGGUAGAAUGUGAAAGCGCUUUUGUGAAAAUCAAAAAACACUUAGGCGAGCCACCUCUCUUAGCCAAACCAGAUGAAGGAGAGACGCUCGUACUCUACCUAGCUGUCUCAGACUACUCCAUCAGUGCCGUUUUGGUGAAGGAGGACGCGGAUGGUCAGUCCCCAGUCUAUUAUGUGAGUAAAAGGUUGUUGGACGCAGAGACUCGCUACACAAGUAUGGAAAAGUUGGUGUACGCUUUGGUACAUGCGUCCCGAAAGCUGCGACCCUACUUCCAAGCGCAUAAGGUAGAAGUACGGACCGCGUACCCCCUUCGUCAAAUCAUGCACAAACCAGAGGUAACAGGCAGGAUGAUGAAGUGGGCGAUUGAAUUAGGACAAUUCGACAUUGACUACAGACCGCGUACCGCCAUCAAAGGUCAAGCCCUGGCGGAUUUCAUUUUAGAGUUUCCGGAAGAUGGAGAGAACUCUGGCCUGCUAAUCAAAUAUGACCCAGACCUACCUCCACAACCGGACGCCCCGAAAGAAGAUAUCCCCGAACUAUGGUGGACGGUGCACACCGACGGCGCUGUGAAUAAUGACGGAGCAGGUGCUGGCAUAGUAUUGGUAAGCCCCGAGGGACACAGGCUCUUGAACGCAAUCCACUUCACCUUCCAACUAUCUAAUAACGACGCAGAAUAUGAGGCAUUAGUGGGAGGCUUAAAGCUAGCCCUCGAGAUGAAAGUCAGAAGACUUGUGGUAAAGCUUGACUCAAUGCUGGUGGUAGAGCAUAUAAAAGGGGGGUACCAAGCCAAGGGGCCCAAGACAGCUAUGUACCUCCAAUGCGUCCAGAGGUUGCUAGACCAAUUUGAGGAAGUACAAGUCAACAAGGUACCUAGAGAGUUCAACGGAGACGCCGACGCCUUGGCAAAAUUGGGAUCUCAAAAAGAAGCUUCCUUGUUAGGGGUGAUUCGGUUGGAAGUCCAAGAGGUGCCUAGCAUCCCGGAACUAAAUGUUAUGAAGGUAGGAGACGGCGUCAGGCAUCAAACAUGGAUGACACCGAUAUGGGAUUUCAUUAAGGAAGGAAAGUUACCCGAAGACAAAGCCGAAGCACGGAGACUGAGGUAUAAGGCAGCCAGGUAUGUCGAGUAUGACGGCAAACUAUAUAAGAGGGGCUUCAACCAGCCAUUGUUGAAGUGUAUAGACGGUGAUGAGUGCACCUAUGUACUGAGAGAGGUCCAUGAAGGCAUAUGUGGGAACCACUCGGGAGGUAACUCAUUAGCUAUGAAGAUUUUAAGGCAAGGAUACUACUGGCCUACCUUAAGGAGUGACGCCUUCAAUUUCGCCAGAGCGUGUGAUAAGUGCCAACGGUUUGCCAACUUCACCCAUAACCCAGCGACAUCCUUGACCAGCAUGACCAGUCCUUGGCCUUUUGCCAUGUGGGGGAUAGACUUGAUUGGGGAACUCCCUAAAGCCAAGGGGGGUGUGAAGUACGCGGUGGUAGCUGUGGAUUACUUUACCAAGUGGGCGGAGGCCGCACCCUUAGCCACCAUCACAGCCAAAAAGAUUAAGGAUUUUGUUUUUAACUCUAUUGUUUGCAGGUUUGGAAUCCCUUACAAGCUGAUCUCGGACAAUGGAAAGCAAUUCGACAGCAAGGAAUUGAGAGGCCUCUGUGAUGACCUUGGAAUCAAGAAGGAUUUUGCAGCAGUAUACCAUCCUCAGAGCAACGGGCAGACGGAGGCGGUGAAUAAAAUCAUCAAACACACCUUGAAGACUAAGCUGGAAGAUAGCAAGGGAAGCUGGCCGGAGGAACUCCCCAUGGUGCUAUGGUCUUACAACACGACUCCUAGGACUACGACUGGGGAGUCGCCAUUUGUGUUGACCUACGGAUGUGAAGCCAUGGUUCCAAUAGAGGUUGGAGCAGGGUCGUUCAGGCGAGACUACUUUGAGAAACAAGACAACGACGUCAACCAAAGACUCUACUUGGAUAUGAUUGAAGAGAUCAGAGCUACCUCGCAGAUACGAUUAGCUGCAUAUCAGCAACGAACAGCGAGGUAUUACAACAGCAAGGUGAAGGCUCACCCAUUCCAAGUAGGGGACCUCGUCCUCAGGAAAGUUGUGCUCAACAACAAGAACCCCUUGCAUGGGGUCUUCGGUGCCAACUGGGAAGGUCCCUACAGGGUGAAGGUGAUACUAUGGAAGGGAACCUAUAGAUUGGAAGACCUUGAUGGGAAGCCUGUUCCGCGUCCCUGGAACGCGGAACAUCUCAAGAAAUACUACCAGUAGCCAAAGGCUGCAUAGACUAGCCAUGACAUUAAUGUCACCCCUAGUCUAGGGGAGUGGUGGUGCAUAUACGCUCUCUCCUAGCUAAGGUUUCUUGCUAAGUCUUUUAUGUCCCCUUGGGGUUGAUAGCCCCUUGGGACGGGUACGGUUUCGUACUCGAGCGCAUUAUUUCUAUCGUAUUUAGGUAUGGGCCCAAGGCCAUGUUAUGUUUCAGCCAUCUUAAUAAAGGCCUAGAGCCAAUCUAUUUUCCACAAAAAGAUUGUGUUGAAUGCUUGUUUGUGAACAUUAUGGUUGAGAUGGCUUCUGAGCCGCGCCCUUACUAAUAAUGAUGCAAGCCUUAAAAAGGUCCCAAGGCAGGUGGAGGGCGCGCCCCCUACCGGUGUUAGCAAAAGAACUUGUGUCAGAAGGGCGAUAAAGAGCGUACUUCCAAAGGUGGGCGCGCCCCUAAUAAAAGGGAGGCCGCGCCAUCCGUCUAAAUCACAGGUUCUGAGGUGAAAGUUUGUUACUCGAAGUAAUAGGCAUAAAUGAACAAUAGAGAUUUUAUAAAUUUAUCAGCCUCAGAUAUUGAUAAGGCAAGAUAUUUAUAAAAGUGAGACAAAGCUUGAAGAAAUUUAUAAGGCCACGACCUCAACUAGAGGGAGGCCGCGCCCCCUUCAAGAAAUUAUAUUCGGCUAUGGCUUGAAAAGAGCAAUGUCUUCCUUAAAAAAGAUAAUGCAGCAUAAGGGCGCGCCCUUGUGCCACAUAACUAAAGAAUGAGAAGACAAACACAGCAUAUAUAAGCAUUAUUACUGAUGAUAGAAAGACAUUGACAGCAUAAGUAAAAAAGCAGAUUAACGGUAAAUUGCCAGAGGGCGCGUCCCUCGGGUAACUUAAGUAAGUUGCAGACAAAAGUUAGUUAAAUACAAGUUGCAGGGCAUCAAAGGAGGGCCCGCUCCUCAAAAUCUGUUCAAAUUAAGACUAAGUCAACGACUUGGAAUAAUCAGACAGCUUGGUUAUCGGUCGCGUCCUUAGGAACACCAUCCUGAGGGCGCGCCUGUUCAUCAACCGCAGUAUUGGUAGAAGCCUCCUUAGCCAAGGUCUCCUCGAUGAGAGUCUUUUUAGUAGCGAUAAGCUCUGGCUGCUCGACCUUGAACUCUUCCACCCAUUUGGCCAUCCCAGAACCGAAGUGGGAGCCCCAGUCGAAGGAGGGCGCGCCCGCAAUGAAGGUGGCAACAUAGUUGUUAACCCCGUCAUCGAAGGCCGCGCCCUCGAUCUUUGUGACCUCCGCAGCUGUGAGGGAGGCUUGCUUGUCUUUAAGUUCCUGGUUAGCAGCGGCUAAAUCCUCAUUGGACUUCUUUAAGCUCUCGACCUCUUUUUGAAGGGGCUCAAGGCGCGCCCUUUCUUCUUUCAACAGCUUCUGACAGCUUCUCCACCCAUCCUGUGCCUUCUUCAAAUCCUCCCUCUGAGAUUUGAAAUCCUCCCUCAACUUAGAGAGAUUCUCCUCAGCCUUCUUCAGGGAGGCCGCGUCCUCCAGUCGACGUUCCUCCCUGUCGUGGAGGUGAACGAGGAACUCGGCCGCGCCCUUUAGCAGGAAAGUGUCCUUCUCCUCCUGAGGUUUGGCUCUCCAUUG